UCCUCCUCCUCCGCGUGCAUCCCGAGGAUCCCUCCAGUGCUUUGGCUCGUGCUGCCUUUUUAAGCAAACGGACGCAGCAUGCCAUUCUCUACUCGGCCAGAGGACGGGACGCAGUGAGGAGCUCCUGUGUCGCUCAUUUUUAACCCCCCCUCUCCUGUUGUCACCCCAUUGUCUUUGUUAUUUAGUUGCCUUUUUUUAAAAUUUGUUUACACGGUUAGCUAGUUAGCCCCUUCCGUCAUGUACAGGUAUUUCGGGGAGCUGCUUACUCGCUCCGCGGGUAGCGCACUGGCCUCGGGCUGCGUCGACUCCGCUCUCCCGGUGUCCUCGUCUCUGAUGCGGGUCCGUCACUAUGCCGACGCGGCGGACCGGCCCGACGACCCCAACUUCUUCAAGAUGGUGGAGGGAUUCUUCGACCGAGGAGCCGCCAUCGUGGAGGACAAGCUGGUGGAGGACCUGAGGACCAGGGAGAGUCCCGAGCAGAAGAGGAACCGUGUGCGGGGCAUCCUCCGCAUCAUCAAGCCCUGCAACCACGUCCUGAGCGUCUCUUUCCCCAUCAAGAGGGAUAACGGAGAAUGGGAGGUGGUGGAGGGAUACCGCGCCCAGCACAGCCAGCACAGGACGCCCUGCAAAGGGGGUAUCCGUUACAGCACAGAUGUGUCUGUGGAUGAGGUGAAAGCCCUGGCCUCUCUGAUGACCUACAAGUGUGCCGUGGUCGAUGUGCCAUUUGGGGGUGCCAAAGCUGGAGUCAAGAUCAACCCCAGGAAUUACUCUGAUAAUGAGCUGGAGAAGAUCACCAGGAGAUUCACAAUCGAGCUGGCCAAGAAGGGCUUCAUCGGGCCUGGCAUCGAUGUCCCAGCCCCAGACAUGAGCACAGGAGAGAGGGAAAUGUCCUGGAUUGCCGACACAUACGCCAACACCAUUGCACACACUGACAUCAACGCCCACGCGUGUGUGACGGGGAAGCCCAUCAGCCAAGGCGGUAUCCACGGGCGUAUCUCGGCCACCGGUCGUGGAGUCUUCCAUGGCAUCGAGAACUUCAUCCACGAGGCCUCCUACAUGAGCAUGCUGGGCCUGACCCCCGGCUUCCAGGACAAAACCUUCAUUGUCCAGGGCUUUGGCAAUGUGGGUCUCCACUCCAUGAGGUACCUGCACAGGUUCGGGGCCAAGUGUGUGGGAGUUGGUGAGAUCGACGGGUCCAUCUACAACCCAGAGGGCAUCGACCCCAAACAGCUGGAGGACUACAAACUGCAACAUGGCACCAUUGUUGGCUUCCCAGGGGCCAAGCCUUAUGAAGGAAACAUUUUGGAAGCCGACUGCAACAUCCUGAUCCCUGCUGCCGGAGAAAAGCAGCUCACCCGUCACAAUGCUCCCAGGAUCAGGGCCAAGAUCAUUGCCGAAGGUGCCAACGGUCCCACUACCCCAGACGCUGACAAAAUCUUCCUGGCCAACAAUGUCAUGGUUAUUCCUGACAUGUACCUGAACGCCGGCGGUGUGACAGUGUCCUACUUUGAGUGGCUGAAGAACCUCAACCACGUCAGCUACGGAAGACUGACCUUCAAAUAUGAGAGGGACUCAAACUACCACCUGCUUAUGUCUGUGCAGGAAAGUUUGGAAAGGAAGUUUGGCAAGCAGGGAGGACCCAUCCCGAUUGUCCCCACUGCUGACUUCCAGGCCAGAGUCGCUGGUGCCUCUGAGAAAGAUAUCGUCCACUCUGGCUUGGCCUACACCAUGGAGAGAUCUGCCAGGCAAAUCAUGCGCACAGCCAGCAAAUACAACCUGGGCCUGGACCUGAGGACGGCUGCCUAUGUUAACGCCAUCGAGAAGGUCUUCAAAGUCUACAAUGAAGCGGGGCUCACCUUCACAUAAACGUCCAAUCGCAUUCACCCAACACACUCUCCCCUUCCCGCUUGCUAUUGAUCUCUUUCUCCUGCUUCCUCAUCAUCAUUUCCCAAGCCUCCAGAUCAUAUCUGUGUUUACAUUAGAGAAUCCCACCAAUCUUUCUCUCGUGAGACACACCCACACUGAGACAUUCUGUGGCUGGCCUGAUCCUGUGUCCUGUGAUUUUUGUGCUUGCACAGUAUCAGUCGCUGUUUGAAUAUCAGCCCGUCCUCGUUUUUGCUUGAGAAAAAGCCAACAGAGAGCUACAUCCUGAGAGAAACUGAGAGAGACCCCAUCUUUGCUUCUGCACCCAUGUAAACGUUCCUGCUCGUGGUGUAUGGUAGCCAUAGUGGGAGCCUGCUCCUGUGAUCCCUGGAUGUGUUUAUUACCCUCCUGUUGUGAUUGUUUUAGCCGACAACACUGCAGAUGCCUUAAUUCAGAGAGAGUCCUGCUCUAAAAGGGAGACGCCCAGUUCAGUUAACUUUAAUUGAAAGGGAUGUAGUUUUAGCUUCAAGAGAAUAAAAGAAAAUGAUAUUAAUAUAUUGUUCCUGAGUUUAUCUCGCACACCGAGGCCAGGCAUCACAUUGCUGAGGCUUAGGGUUAGUGUUAAAGUUGCCAGAGAUUAGGAUUCCCAACAAGGUUUUUAUCUGAGUUUGUUUUUAGAUUCAAGGUUCAAGGUUUUUGCGGUUUUUAGUGGGAACACAUACCCUCAUUCCCCCAUCGCCCUGCCCUCCCCCUCCCCUUCCCAUCCAGCUUAUCCCUCCCAGUCUCUUCCAAAGCAGCUGCUCCCCAACUCCUCCGCUGGCCAAGAGGGGAGACAUGGUCACUGUGACAGCCAAUCUCCUGUUUAAUUUUCUGCUUUUAACCGUCCAAGUUUCACAUGGAAAUUACUUUGGGAUGGAAGAAUUGUAUUGCCUUUUUAGUUGUUGUUGGAAAACAAUAAAAUGUCAAUAAAGAUA